AUGCCUUGUACUGGAAGGAAAGCAAAUCCCAUUACACCAAAUUCUUUGGGGGAGCCACCGUUACACUUUUUCAAGGUUAUCCUUCCCAAUAACCUGGCAGUGAAGAAGCUGGGAAUUCCUGGAAACUUUGUCAGUAGGUUUGCAGAUGAACUUUCUGCAGUUGCAAAGCUCAGUAUUCCUAAUGGUCAUGAUUGGCAAGUGACAAUUGAUGGGAAAAAUAUUUGGUUUCAGGACGGUUGGCACGACUUUGUUCAAUAUUAUUCAGUCAGUACUGGAUACUUUUUGGUUUUCAAACAUGCAAAGAAUUCAACUUUUGAGGUUCUUAUUUUUGAUAAGACUGCUUGCGAGAUUCAAUAUCCAUAUAAUGCUGAAGAAGCAGUAAAUGAUGUGGAGAACUCAAAAUUUAGGCCACCAAGCAAGAAUAUGCAUGUGCCGAUCAAAUUUGUUAACAAGUACAUAAGUAGCAAAGCCAGAUUUAUCACAUUACAAAUUUCUAAUGAAAAAGAGUGGCUUGUCCGAAUCAAGAAGUUCAAUACCGGAGGUUUUCGUAUAACAAAAGGAUGGGCUAGGUUUCUGAAAGACAAUGAUUUGAAGGGAGGAGAUAUCUGUAUCUUUGAGCUGAUGAUAAGAAAGAAACACUACCUUACUCUGAAAGUUUUAGUAUAUCAUGCAGCUAUGAAGUUAACAUGA